AAGAAAACCACAAAACCAAGAUGGCGGUGCAGGAGACAGCAUCUCAACUGUCCAUGGCUCUUAAAGUCCAAGAAUAUCCCACCCUCAAGGUGCCAUAUGAGACACUGAACAAGCGUUUCAGAGCAGCUCAGAAGAAUAUUGACCGGGAGACGAGCCACGUCACCAUGGUGGUUGCAGAGCUGGAGAAGACGCUGAGCAGCUUCCCCGUGGUCGACUCGGUGGUGUCUCUGCUGGACGGAGUGGUGGAGAAACUCAGCGCCCUGAAAAGGAAGGCUGCAGAGUCCAUUCAAGCAGAAGACGAGAGCGCCAAGCUUUGCAAGAGGCGCAUCGAGCACCUGAAGGAGCACAGCAGCGACCAGCCGGCUUCGGUCAACCUUUGGAAGAAGAAACGCAUGGACCGAAUGAUGGUGGAGCAUCUGCUGCGCUGCGGCUACUACAACACAGCCGUCAAACUGGCCAGACAGAGCGGGAUAGAGGAUCUUGUCAACAUCGAGAUGUUUCUCACAGCAAAGGAGGUCGAGGAGUCUCUGGAGAGGCAGGAGACGGCCACUUGCCUGGCCUGGUGCCACGACAACAAGUCUCGCCUCCGCAAGAUGAAGAGUUGUCUUGAGUUCAGCCUGAGAAUCCAGGAGUUCAUUGAGCUCAUCAGACAGAACAAGCGCAUGGAUGCAGUCCGACACGCGAGGAAGCACUUCAGCCAGGCAGAGGGAGGACAGUUGGAUGAGGUUCGACAGGUCAUGGGAAUGCUGGCCUUCCCAUCAGAUACACACAUUUCCCCAUAUAAGGAUCUUUUGGAUCCAGCUCGCUGGAAAAUGCUGAUCCAGCAGUUUCGGUAUGACAACUACAGACUGCACCAGCUGGGGAACAACUCUGUUUUCACCAUCACCCUACAGGCAGGCCUGUCUGCCAUCAAGACGCCUCAAUGCUACAAGGAGGAUGGUACUUCCAAAAACCCAGACUGCCCAGUGUGCAGUAAAUCUCUUAACAAAUUGGCUCAGCCACUUCCUAUGGCCCACUGUGCCAAUUCCAGACUAGUCUGUAAGAUCUCUGGGGAGGUCAUGAAUGAAAACAACCCUCCCAUGAUGCUGCCUAAUGGAUACGUCUAUGGCUACAACUCUCUUCUGUCCAUUCGCCAAGAUGACAAAGUGGUGUGUCCCAGAACCAAAGAAGUUUUCGACUUCUCUCAGGCGGAGAAGGUUUAUAUCAUGUGAUCAAUCGGAUGGCCUUUCUUAGUGUUGACAAGAUCAAAUACGGCCCGUCGUCCAUCAUCUGUGAGCAGGCCCGCUCAGAGCACCAGUGGAGCUGUGAUCCAGUGCCCCUCCUCCUCCCCCUACGGGCCUAAGAGGCCCAUUGACACUCACCAUCUGCUGGAUGACCAGGUUGACCAUCCCCCUCCCACUUUUAUCUCACAGAAACUGGGCUUUCCUUCUUUCAGACUGUUUUAGAUGUGGCUAGAAGUUGUUUGAUCUGAUCCAUUCAAGCACAUGGACUAUAAACAUUUUCAGUAUCUUAAAGGCCUUCACUCUUAGUCUAGACAAAAGGACUGCCGGGAGGAAGAACUGCUAGCUAGAUGUGUGAUUUUACUACAACUAAUAAAAAAAAAUGUUGUUGCUUUGACUUUUUUUUUUUUUCUUCAUGUUUUACCGACAUGACAUGGCAUCGCCACAUUAACCAGACCAACACAGGCUAUUUUGGGCAUCUUUAAAACUAACAUGGUUGCUUGUUCACUUCUCAUUUUUUAUUUUUUUUGUGAUGUGCUUCUUUUACACUGCUGCAGAUUAAUGGUAUUUAUCUGAAUAUGAGGUCAGAAUUGAUCAUCUGCAUGAUUAUAUAUGAUAAAAUAAGGAUUUUUAAUUUUAUUUUAGUUUUGGCAGCAAAUUCAUGGUGUUUAAAUUAGAUUUGCUUCAGGUAUCCAUGAACCUGAGACGGCCCACUGUAUCCUCGAGUAAACAACAAUUUUCAUUAAAGGUUCAUGUUCCGCAGGUGGUUAUAAAAAAGUAUUGGGAACUUUCUAAGGAGUGAAACUAAUGCAAGAAAACAAUCAUAGGUUUUUCUGCCCUUUUUUUGGUGAAUUUAUGGAAUUUCCAUUAAUACUGGCUAUAUAACCAAGUCAGAAUUAUAUAGGUUGAAAUAAAAAAAUGGUCUCUUAACAAAGGAAGACAUAAGACAGAGUUGAUAUUAUAUUUAGGUCUUGUGCCUUUUGUUUAAGCUCACUCCAAUACGACAGGGCUUAUGUAGCAUUAAAAUAAACUCUUCUCAUCAACAUUUCACAUCGUUCCACGCAUUUAUUUCUUUCGUGUCUUUUUUUUUUUCCCUUUUGAGACACAUUUGGCGACUAACAGCGUUGUGGGUGUGAAAUGGUUGAUUUUUGUUUCCGAAACACUUUGUUUUGGGUCACUUGACGGAGCGGCUCAGCCCGAAUCCUUUUGACUUUAAAAGUGCUUUAAUGUGGAUUACCUGAGCGGGACUUUUACUUAAGUGUCAAUAAAUGCACAAAUAAAUCAUACAACAAACAUUCAUACUAAGCAAUCCACAAAAUGCAGAUUUAUUGGGAGUUCAUCAGUUUUGUGCUUGCUUCUUGCAUCUGUUUUAUUAACUCACCAAUAGCCACCUCAUUUCUGUCCAUUAGUGAUUUGAAACUGUAUCUGUAAAGACAUAGACUGUCUUGUGUGUUUGUGUUGGUAGAAUAGAAACGGGGAUUGUUUCAUGAGCAAUAUGCCUGAUAAAGAUUUCAGUGAAACUUUGAUUUUAGUGUUUCUUCAUUUGAAGUGUCUGCUUUGUUCUCAUGGGCCCAACUAAUCAG